UCGAAAUAGCGGAAAAACCUUCACCUCCAAUUCCCAGAGGCAACAGUUAGAAGAUCGGAGCGCGGAUUUGAGAAAAGCUUCCAGUACUCAGCUUCCUUCAUUCCAGCUUUGGAUGUGAUGCACUCGACUGCAAAGCAGCAAGAGCAACAAGGGCAGCUUGAGAACGACGAGGGGGAACAGCAAGCAGUGGACGACGGCUCACGUGGUCAUUUCCACAGCAUUCAAGUCAUGCUGGGCCUCCAGCACCACCAACAGAAUGCUGGAGGAGGAUCUCCUACCCACCACCAACAGAUGGGUGGGACCAUGGAUUACACUCAGAUCACCUCCCAGCUGGACAAUCUGAACCCCAUGAGUCAUGGAACCGGACUGCUGACUGGCCUGCCUUCGAUGAGUUCUUGCUUGGGCGUCCGUGUCAGAGACUCAGGUCUGCUUGGAGGCCUGUCUCACCAGCAUGCGGUUCUCACACCAGUCGGUGGAGACGCAUCCAUGGGAAAUGUUCGGAAAGACAGCCAGCAACAAGAAUCUCCGAAGACGAAGUCGUCUGAGAAAUCGUCUUCUUCCGAUGGAGACAAAACAGUGAAGAAGAAGAAAACGAGGACAACCUUCACGGCAUUCCAACUGGAAGAACUGGAACGUGCUUUCCAGAGGGCUCCUUACCCGGACGUGUUUGCACGAGAAGACCUCGCGUUGAGGUUGAAUCUCAGCGAAUCCAGAGUGCAGGUAUGGUUUCAAAAUCGUCGAGCGAAGUGGAGAAAGCGCGAACCUCCAAGGAAGACGAAUUUCUUGCAGACGGCGCAAAACCUACCAAAGGCGUCGCCCUAUCAAUCCACCUCGCAGUCCCUGCCACCCUUGAGCAGCACCGUCGAUUCCUGGGCCUUCGGAAAUCCUUACGACUUCGGCUUCCAGUCCACGAUUCCUGGAGGUGCCUAUGCCACAGGCUUCGCCGGCAACCCAAACACCAUGCCUUCCAACUCAAUGACGAACACUGGCGGGUUCUACAACAGCAUGCUGUCUUCAGCACCUACAAGUCAGCCAGUGACCGACGCGCUGCUGCCUUCCGCCGUGAGGCCCUGCGCCACGUCUUCUCCAGACGUUGUGGGCAUGGAGCAGCGGUCACCGACUUCUGUAAGCCUCACGUACGCCAUGGCCGACGGUAAGAAGAACUCCGGCGUUGCAGGUUCCGUGAAUACAGGAGGGCUCAUGGAACCAGACAUGCAUCAGAUGGGUGCCUUACCGCAUUUGUUGAUGAAAGGGAAGGACACGUCUUUGUCACCUCUGCCGCCAUUGGACUUUUUUACGUAGAGACUAACGUUUCCUGCUGUAGAGAUGUAUUGAUUUUCAACUAAAGAUUCUUGAGAAGCCUCCGAAGAAAGAACCGUAGCCUUAGGGCCGUAUUCUAAGACACUCCUUAACUCUACCCUCGAGCUGCUCCUCGAAGACUGGUUUUGCGUUUCAAAAAUAUGCUCCAAGUCGAAACGACCCUCAGAGGAGGAAGCUUUCCUCGAAUUCUACGAGGCAGUACUGGUGCGUCCAUCAAGGCUCCUCAAGUGAAGGAGGACUUCUUACUGUAUUCGAGGCAGGGUAAAGAGUGGAGGAGGCCGUUUAAGAAUACGGCUGUUAGUUUUCCUGUUACUUAUGAAGAUACCAAAGAGUAGCUGGUAGUGCUAUACAAUGCUGCUAGAGAUUACGUUUGUCGUUCUAAAAUAACAACUUAUAUGUGCAAGCGAGUACUUGGCUACAUAUAAAAGUAAAGGUUGUAGCAUCACUUAAACAUAUCAUAUCUGUAGAUAAGGUUUGUCAUGUUUCCACAGAUUUUGGGGUAUCUGAACGUCCACCAUGGUACCCUCGCCAUUAGGUUCACGCCGAGUUAGCAAUCUGCCUUGCCUUCCGUUUGUCAGGUGAUGUAUUUUAUGCAUAGUUGUGCAACGCAUGCAACGACAUCGUGUUUAAGUGCGCACGCUGCCUACCAUACCGUACUUCGGAGUCACAUCGUGGCGCUCAGCAAGUCAGACGUUACCAGUUGGUAAGAAAACCGUUAUGUAACACAGGGCGCUCCAGCGUUAUGGGACAUCGAAGUGCUGUUAGUGUUAAGUUGCGACAGAAGUGUUUCAACAAACGCGUGUACCGUUUUUACUUUCGCUUCUUGUGGUUCAGCGCAAUUGUGUUACAAGUUGUGACAAACAGUGUAGUGUGUAUAUAGGCCAAUAUGGCACAUUCGGGACAUUAAUUAAUUAAUUAAUGGUUUAUUUUUCUCAUGGUAAUCCAGUGUUUUUUUUUUUGUGCUGAUACAAUUGAUUUAUGGAUGCAUCUCUCCACUUCAUCUAAUCGCUCAGAUUCCUUGUUUCACGCUGUGCGAGUAGCCUUCCUGUCGCUUUCCCUUUCCUUUCUUUCACCCUUCAUUCUGGCUUUGCCUGUCUGUUUUUUUUUCGUGGUUUCGGUGUUGGCUGUUCAUGGUUAUUUUCCUGCGAACUGCAAGUAUUGCAGUAGCCAGUCUUGAACGGUGUCCGGGACUAACUUCUCCUUGUUUCUCUUUUAUCUGUCUUCUAUCUGGCCCACUUUACGGUCCUCUUUGUCUGUCUUUUAAUACGUGAUCUGUCUUGCCUCCGCCCUCACUAUAUCAGAGCUCACGAAAACAAGGAUCGAAUCACUCGUGCCAUACACACAUGGUCCAACACGUGUUUGCUGCUCUCACGUUGCCACAGCGUGUUGAUGGGGUACACUGAAUCAGAGCAGCUCCAGACAUUUGCUCACAAAUAUAUGUAAAUAGCAUUUCAGUUAUCGUGGCUUGCAACUUCUUUUCACCCCUUUUUUGUUAUUUUGAAUUGUAAACUAAUAAGCUUCUUGCAUCGUGUAUGGAAAGUGUGACACGUGCCAAAUUGUGUGUUUUGUGCCAAGCGUUAUUCACAUGGCCAACACCGCGCAGCGCGACCUUCGGAAGCCAGAGCUAUGUACAUACAUUGGAGAUACUAUUUUUACGCAUUGCUUAUAGUAACGUAACUAAACUGCAAAGUAUUUCGAUGCGUUACUAAAUAACCCACGAGUAUAGCUACGUUGAUAUUUUAUUUUCGUAUCAUUGCUUUCUCCUUAACCAGUUCUAGUCCUUCGCUGCAAUGCUAUCCGCGUGGCAAUACACUAUUAUUAGCAGGAGCACGAACAAGUGCGCCACAGGUGUUGUCUAGUGCUGACGAAGCUUAGUCAUUUCUUCGGUGCCCCACACAUUAUGUAGUCAUUUUCACGAUGUUCAGAGUUAGUAUAUUUGAUUUGUUCGUGUUUGACUUCAAACACACGGAGAUUCACCGCAGUGCCUUAUCUGUGAAAAAGGAGUCAUUUGUGCUUUGUAAUAAAGAUGCUAUG